ACAUUUACUGUUCAUCUUGAAAACCUUGGAUGUAUUAUGCAGUGAGGCAUCAGAUGCUGCAUGUGCUCAUUAAGCAUUUUUUGUUAAUAAAGUACCCCCUGAAACAGUCACACAUUCACCAUUGAAAUCCUGAAAAAAAAAAAACAUCAAACAUUCACCAGAGAAACCCUGAUAAAAGUAACACAUUCACAGAAAUCCUGAAAAAAAAAGUCAGGCAUUCACUACAAAAAUCCUGUUUAAACAAACAAAAAAAAAAAGUCUCACUUUCACCACAAAAAUCCUGUCAGUGAAAUUCACACAUUCACCACAAAAAUCCUGUAAAAUAAUAAUAAUAAUAAUAAUAAUAAUAAUAAUAAUAAUAAUAAUAUCACAUUUAACAAAAAUCCUGCAAAUGAAAUUCACACAUUCACCACAAAAAUCCUGUAAAAAAAAAAGAGUAAUCUCACAUUUACCAAAAAUCAUGCAAAUGAAAUUCACACAUUCACCACAAAAAUCCUGAAAAAAGUUAUAUUCAUCACAAACUCAUUCACAACAAAAAUCCUGUAAAAAUUCACACAUUCACCACAAAAAUCUCUUUAAAAAAAAAACCCGCUAUCACACAUUCACUAUGGUGACCUCCUGAAGAAACAGAAAUCCGGUCAGCGCCGUGUCCCGCCAUUUCCUCCGGGUGGCGCUCGCCGUGACGUCACUGUUGAGAGUGUGCACGCGGUCCCUCCCUGUCCGCCGCUAAUGCAUGUUUAUUUCAGGAAACUGAUCUGACUGUCAGAGCUUAAAUGGAGUAAAAAAACGGCUGCUCUUCAGCUCGUGAGAUUUACAAACCGAAACCGAAGGACAACAUGGCCCUGCGUGUGUGAAUAGCAAAUAAAGAUGGUGUUCGAGUCGCUGGUGGUGGACGUCCUGAACAGGUUUCUCGGGGACUACGUGGUGAACCUCGACUGCUCCCAACUCAAGCUGGGCAUCUGGGGAGGUGAUGCGGUUCUGCGGAAUCUGGAAAUAAAGGAAAAUGCUCUGAGUCAGCUGGACAUUCCUUUUAAAGUCAAGGCGGGGCAUAUAGGCCGCCUGGAACUGAAGAUCCCAUGGAAGAAUUUGUAUACGCAGUCAGUGGAGGCGACACUCGACGAGGUCUACUUGCUCAUCGUCCCCACUGCCAGUAUAAAGUACGAUGCAGAAAAGGAAGAGAAGCAGCUGCAGGAGGCUCGGCAGAGGGAGCUUCAGCGGAUCGAGGAAACCAAAAUAAAAGCAGCAGAACAAGAAAAUCCGAAGACGGAAAAGCAGGACACCUUCGUGGAGAAACUGGUCACGCAGGUGAUUAAAAACCUGCAAGUGAAAAUUUCCAAUAUUCACAUUCGCUAUGAAGAUAGCAUCACCAAUCCGAAUUCACCUCUCUCAUUCGGAGUGUCUCUCCAAAACCUCAGCCUUCAGACAGCAGAUGCGAACUGGAAACCCUGCCUGUUGGAUGAGAAAGCCAAGCUGUUUUUCAAGCUUGUCCGUCUGGAUAAUCUCUUCGCAUAUUGGAACGUUAACUCAGAGCUCUACUCCAUCCACUCUGCUAGUGAAGCCCUGCGAUGCCUGCAGCACAACAUGGCUGUCCAGAACUCCAUCCCUCAUGACUAUCAGUUUAUUUUCCGUCCAAUAUCGGCCAACGCUAAGCUUCGCAUGAACCCUCGCUCGGACGUGGACUUCUCCUCGCCGAAGGUGGAUCUGGUCGUCAACCUGCCUGAAGUGGCUGUGGAGCUGAGCAGACCACAGUACGUCAGCAUUCUGGAGCUUUUGGGCUCCGUGGAUAUGAUGUCACGCAAUCUUCCGUACAGGAAGUAUCGCCCAGAUGUGCCUGUCCACACCAACGCGUACCAGUGGUGGCGUUACGUCAUCACGGGCAUCUUGGAGGUGAACGUAAAACCCUCCCUGCACAUGUGGUCUUGGAAACGCAUCAAACGGCACCGACAACAAGUAAAGCAGUGCAAAGAGCUUUAUAAGACCAAGAUCACCAACAAGAAGCCUGCAGAGACCCUGCUAAAGAAACUGGAGGAGACAGAGAAAUGCCUGGAUAUUUUUAACAUCACGCUCGCGAGACAACAAGCCGAGAUGGAGGCAUCUAAAGCUGGCCUUCGCAUCUACCGACCAGGGUUAAAGAUGGAGGAGGAGCAGUCGCAGGGCUGGUUCGGCUGGAUGUGGAACUGGUCCGGAGACAGCUCUGCUCAGACCAAAGAGGUCAAACCUGGAGGUUUCGACACACUGAUGACUCCAGAAGAGAAAGCCAAACUCUGCACUGCCAUCGGAUACAGCGAAACGGCCGUCAAUCCUAACCUGCCGAAAGACUUUGAGGACGUGAAGGUUCGGUUCCAGUUGGUGAGCAUGUCCGUGUCGAUCAAAGAGAGCAAAGAAAAGCCAGAGAUUAUCAAACUGUCCGUCAUCGACCUGAGAGCCACGCUGACGCAGAGACCGUCCGCUCAGGCUAUAAAGAUCACAGCUCAGUUGUCGUCGUUUGAGGUAACCGGUGUCUCGAGGAACAGCGUCGCUCCCACGCUGCUUUCUCCUCGACGUGUGGUGGAGGAAGACAAGCCUCUGCUCAGCCUAAUGUUCGAGACCAACCCACUGGACGCCAAGGCAGAUCAGAGACUGCACGUGGAAUCGCAGCCACUGGAGAUCAUCUACGACGCAAUGACGGUGAAUAACGUGUCAGGGUUCUUCAUGCCUCCAGAUGACCUGCAGCUGGACGAACUGACUAACGCCACCCGCAUGAAGCUGGAGCAAUUCAGAGACAGAACCUCAACCGGACUCAUGUACAUCAUCGAGACACAGAAAGUUCUUGACCUGAAGAUCAACCUGAUGGCCUCCUAUGUGAUCGUGCCCCAACUGGGCUUCUAUGACCCCAAGCACAACCUUAUCAUUCUGGAUCUGGGACACUUUCAGAUGUCGAGUCAGAGCAGAGCCAAUUUGCCACAGCUCUCAGUGGGAAAGAACACCAUCGAGGACAUCAUGUCUCGAGCCUACGACAGCUUCGAUGUCCAACUCACCAGCCUGCAGUUGUUGUAUUCGAAACCAGACGGGGACUGGGAGAAGGCUCGGAAGCUGAGACAGUCUUCCCUCCACAUUCUGGAGCCCGUCGACAUGAAAGUGGUUUUCAGCAGAGCCAUGGUGGUCACUGACUCAAGGAUGCCAAAGUUUAAGAUAUUUGGUGAGCUUCGUCUGCUCUCUCUUCGCAUCUCCGAUGACAAAGUCCGCGGCAUCCUGGAGUUGCUCGACAGCAUUCCACUGCCUGAGAGUCGGCCCGCGCCUCGGACUACCGGUCCACAAACUACACCCAAGGUUCUCAAGCCAAGAGACACACCUCAGCUGACCCCCAGAAAACCAGCCAUGGUUGACCUGCGCUCCUCGAUAAUAUUUGACUCAGGAUCGGAGGAGGAUUUGUUCUUUGACGCACCCAGCUCACCAAUUGAGGAUCUGCCAUUCUUUGAGGCCAACUCUGGCUCCCUCGAGCAAUCGACCUCCGUAAAAAGGAAAACAAUGGUGAAGCGUGACCCCAAGAAGAACAUGACCGAGUUCCUGCUGAAUUUCGAGAUAAACACGUUGUCCAUCCAGCUGUUCCGCCUUUCAGCAAACCUGGAGGUUCCCGUUCUGCGUCUGGAAAUCGAGGGUCUGGGCACGGAGCUCAAAGUGCGCACGUUUGAUAUGACUUCCUACACUUUUCUGCGGGAAAUCUGCCUGGAGUGCUCAGAGUACAUGGAUGGAGAAGACAAGAAGGUUCACCUCAUCACCACUCUGGAUAACACCGAGGACGAUCUGCUCACGCUGGAGUACAUUAAGGCGGACAAGAACGCUCCGGAUUUUAAAGCGGUGUAUAAAAACACCGAGCAGCUCAUCAAGGUAAACUUCUCCUCCUUGGAUGUGCACCUCCACACCGAGGCCCUCCUCAACUCUAUGAACUUCCUGAACAGCCUCCUCCCUCCUGCAAAGAAGGGGGAGGAGCCUGUUGAGCCGCCUGCGCCCCGACAAGACGACGAGGGAGAGGGAGACAGCGAGGAGGAGAAGAAAGAGGAGGAGUCCACCAUUAGCAAGAAAUCCUCUACAAAGAAGUCAAAGUUUGAGGAUGUGGUGAAUUUGCACAUCAGAGCAGAUCUGUCCUGUCUGAAGGUCUUCAUCAGAGGAGAAAAAGCCAGAAUCUCUGAGAUCAGUAUAGAAGGUCUGGUGUCUGAAGUACAGAUGAAAAAGAAAUCCGUUGAGAUUCUAGCUAACCUGAAGAAUAUUGUCAUAUUGGACUGCGACAAAGAUGCUCUGUACAAAAAGGCAGUAUCUGUAGCGGAUAAGGACGUGUUUGGUUUCCACAUGGUGAACUACGUGGACGCUACAGACGGAGACGCCUACACAGACAUGCAGAUAGUGGACACCAGCGUCACUCUGACCGUGGGCUGUAUCCAGGUCAUCUUCGUCAACAAGUUCGUCUCCUCAAUACUGGCCUUCAUCAACAACUUCCAGGAAGCUAAGGAUGCUCUAGCAGAGGUCACGGCGCAGGCGGCAGAGAAAGCGGCCACGGGCGUGUUGGAGCUUGCCGAGAAAAGCACUCGCGUUUCACUGAACGUGAACAUCAAAGCGCCUGUCGUUUUCCUCCCGCAAUCCUCCGUUUCCACUAACGUCAUCGUGGCCGACCUGGGUUUGGUGACGGUCAAGAACUACUUUGAAAUCGUGCCCUCGAGAACACACACCAAGAUUCCUCCCAUCCUGGACAUCAUGAGUGUGGCUCUGAGUGAGCUGAAGAUGUACAGAACCACAUUUAAGGAUGGCAGGUUCCAGAGUGAGAUUCAGUUACUGAAGCCUGUAAACAUGGACCUGUCAAUCAAGCGCAAUCUCUCUGCCGCCUGGUAUCACAGCAUCCCUGACAACCAGAUCAACGCACACCUCAGGCCCAUGAGUCUGAUACUGAGUCAGGAGGACCUAACUGUGGUUUUGAGGACUCUGAAUGAGAACCUGUCUGAGACUUCGGACGCAGUUCCUGCUCCUAAAAGUUCUGAUAAGGCAGAGACUAUGUCUAACAAAGAUUCCCAAGGAUCUGGAGCAGGGACCACAGUGGUAACAGCAGCAGUGGUGGAGGGACAGAAGACUGCCAAACUGAAAAGCACACUUAAACUCCACUUCAAGUUCGAUUCAAUGACCCUGGUUCUCUACAGCUCAAGUGGAAGCGAGACUGCGUUGCUGGACUCUCAUGACGAACAGCUGAAGCUGGCGGAGUUCACCCUGGGCACCAUCUCCACCGCAGUGCAUACGUUUUCAGACGGCUCCAUGAAGGCUUCUGUCAAACUCGCCGAAUGCCUGCUGGACGAUAAGAGGAAGAGGGUCAACAUGAUCACGUCCAGGAUGAUGGCAAUGCGAAAGGGUGCUGAGAAGAACGUCAUGGUGGAGGUGAACUAUCGCCAGGGCCGGGAUGGGACCAGCCUCGACACUGUAGUUCAGGAUCUUUACCUCUGCGCCAGCAUGGAGUUCCUGCUCACGGUGGCUGAUGUCUUUCUGAAAGCCAUGGAUCAGGGCUUCUCCAGCCAUCCCAAGAGCAGCAAACCAGCAUCCACCUCCACCAAAGAUUCGACAGCUCCUGCUCAGUCUGCGUUGGCAAAGACGGAAAUGAACGUGAUGGUGAAGAACCCCGAGAUCGUGUUCGUGGCCGAUCUGAGCCGCGCCGACGCCCCCGCCCUCGUCAUGACCACGCAGUGCGAGCUGACGAUGAAGAACGACUCUGCCGGUCAGCUCAUGACAGCCGGCAUAACUGACCUGAAGGUGGUAGCAUGCCCGUUUGUGCGUGGCACAGACGAGAGCAACGUCACCACGGUGCUGCAGCCGUGCCAGGUGUUCUUCAAACAAACGCAGUCGCCUACUCAGCCUCAAAAAAUAGAGCUCUCCAUCAACUCCCUCACCCUAAAGGUGUCACCCAUCAUUAUAAACACAGUCAUCACUAUCCAGUCAGCGCUGACCCCUGCAGCCGAGACCCCUGAGGAGUUGGAGAGCCCGGUGCCUCCUGACUUGUGGGAGCGCAGGGACUGGCGGGACCUCAAACUCUGGUUCCUGGAAGAGGAAGGAGAAGAAGACGCAAAGUCCGUGGCCCCGCUCGUCCCCCAGGGCGAGUCACUACAGCUUAAGAUUAUCUCCAUUUGCCUUACUCUAGAGGCAGGUGUGGGUCAUCGCACCGUCCCCAUGCUGCUUGCCAAAUCCUCUUUUCAUGGAGACGUGAAGAACUGGAGCACUCUAAUCAACCUGCAGUGCCACCUCGACAUGGAGGUUAAUUAUUAUAACGAGAUUUUGGGAGUAUGGGAGCCACUUUUGGAGCCACUUGAAGACGAAGCUAAAGAUGGUUUCAGACCCUGGACACUGGAACUAAAGAUGAAGAAAAAGCCAGUGAAGCGGUCCGGUAUUUCCGACGAGGUGGACUACACCGUGCCAGAUUACAAAACCGUAAUCGGCAUCAAUAGCAAAGACCAGCUGAAUAUUACUCUCUCCAAAUGCGGACUGAACAUGCUCAGUAAUUUAGGAACGGCAUUUGCGGAAGCUGCGAAGCAGACGGCGGAGUGUUUCCAAAAGGACCAGGCUCCAUUCGUGGUGAAGAAUCAGUUAGGUUUACCAGUGGCUGUUCUGUACAGCGAAGUGUUUAAGCCUAUCGGGAAGAAGUGUAAAGACCGCAUGGUGGAGCUGCAGGACGGAGAGAGCUUAAACAUGGACUACACCCUCACUGCUGCAGACACCGAUCAGUUCUCAGCGAUGACCAGCCUAAGCAGCGAAAACUACAUCCAGCCUACCCCUGUCGGCCACACCUCCGCCAGCGUCAUCCCGCUAAUCAAAGUGGGCCGUGGCAUGUACAACGUCAUGCACCUGGAGUCUGGGGUCACGCGCUUCUUCAUCUGCCAGAUUUACUCCAACGAGGGCAACAAGUUUGUCAAGAUCCGGUCACCUUUCCUGAUCAUUAAUCACUUUUCGCUGCCAUUCCGGGUGUUCGAGGGAUCCACGUGUCUGGGCAUCUCUUCACCUACUGAGGAGUUCUGCGUCCCUCUCGGCUCCUACAGAUCGGAGCUCACCCUGCAGCCCGUAAUCGAGGGAGACGAGCAGUACGAGCACUCCGAGAGCUUCAGCUACGAACACCUCAGUCAGAAACUCGACGAAUGCGUGGAGAAGACGUGCCGUCGGCGUGGCGACUCUGCGCAAAUGUUCAAGGUCAACAUGGUUCCCGUUCGGGACACCGUGAUUUCCGACAGCACUCAGGAGGAGUUCGACCAACCAUACGUCCUUCAUCUGUGGCCUACCGUGCUUCUCCGGAACCUUCUGCCCUACCCGAUCACCUACAGCUUAAUGGUCAGCGGAAGCCCCACCCCCACAAUGCUGAAGGAAGGCCACUCGUCCCAGCUUCACACGGCCAUCAUGGACCACUCGAGUCUGGAGCUGAAACUCCUCGGCUACCUGCAACAGGACUGGGAGGCCCUGUACCACCUCCGCUCCGACCACGACGAGAUCGGUUUCGUUACGUUCCACUCGCGCCAUUUAGAUGAGGACGUAGACGGCGAGGGCACGAAGACCGAGCUCGAUAUUGCUGUUCACGUGAAGAAGGAAGUGGGCCAAGUAGUGGUAGCCAUCCAUUCUCCUUAUUGGAUGGUGAACAAGACGGGCAGGCUGCUGCAGUAUAAAGCCGACGACAUCCAUCGCAAGCAUCCCAAAGAUUACGACAUGCCCCUGCUGUUCUCUUUUAAACCACGCAACUUUCUGCAGAACAACAAGGUCCGCUUGAUGAUUUCAGACAGCGAGCUGUCAGACGACUUCUCGAUAGACACAGUCGGUAGUUAUGGUGACGUCAAAUGUAAAGGAAGGGCCAAAGAUUACCUAGUGGGGGUGAAGAUUGACACUAGCAGUUUCAGUCUGACACGCCUGGUGACGUUCCUGCCCUUCUACAUGCUUGUGAACAAAACGAAGCAUGUAAUCCGAGUGUGCGAAGAGGGACAGGAUGACUGGACUGAGGCAAAACCUGGAGAGACCGCCACUCCAUUUUGGCCAGAGAGGGAUUCAAAGAAGCUCAGAGUGAAGGUGGACGGCUGUCAGUCGACUGCUCAAGCCAUCGCCUUCCAUAAACCCGAGAACUGCCUCCUACUGCACCUUGACAACACCCUGGGUGGUAUCAUCGUCGACGUGAACUUGACUGAGCAUUCGGCUGCAAUCCAGUUCUCUGAUUACCACGAUGGCGCAGCUCCUUUUCUUAUCAUCAACCACACCAAGGAAAACACACUGGAGUUCCACCAGAGCUGCAAGGAGCGUAGACCCUCUACUUGGGUUCCAGAUGGAACCUUUGCUUUGGGGGAGGACAGACAGUCCAGCUGCUCUCAGAAGCUGGAGAUGGACGAGCUGGGUCCAGGCCAGGCCGUCUACUACACAUGGGCCGAGCCCACAGGAUCUCGAGUUCUCCGAUGGAGCUGGGGACCCUACAGUGGUGAGCUAAAGAAUGAGCAGGACCUGCUGAUGGACAUGAACGAUGAGGGAAAGCUGUACGUCAUCUCGUUUUAUGAGGGCCUUCAGCGGGUGGCGUUGUUCACCACAGAGCGGCGUGUCUACAAGCUGCUGUGUGAGAGCGAGAGGGUGGAGUUAGCCGAACAGGAAAUUAGCCUCUCGCUGCAGGAUAUGGGCAUCUCACUGGUCAACAACAGCACCAGCCAGGAGGUGGCCUACAUCGGUAUCACCAGCUCUGACGUGGUGUGGGAGACCAAGCCGAAGAAGAAGAGACGCUGGAAGGUUAUGAGCGGAAAAGACGCCGAGAUGUUAGAGCAGCACUACAAAGCUUAUAUAGAGAGCAACCCAUUGGAUCACAGCAUCCUAGACCUGGAGAACGGCUACCAGGUGAGUCUGACUCCGAACGGUUUGGAAAUGAGGAUACUGCAGCCUUACGACGCACCUCUCCGAAGGAACUUUCUUCCAGCCGUGAAGAUCGAGUACAGCGUCUCGGCCAGACAGAAAGCGUACCGCGUGCAGAUUAACAGGGUUCAGAUCCAGAAUCAGCUUCCUGGAGCCAUUUUCCCGUUUGUGUUCUACCCUGUCAAACCUCCCAAAUCAGUCAGAAUGGACUCGGAGGCAAAACCGUUCACUGACCUCAGCCUCAUCACGAGAGCAGCAGGACACUCAGACAUCCUACGCAUCAAGUAUUUUAAGGUUUUGAUUCAGGAAAUGGACCUACGUUUGGACCUAGGCUUCCUGUACGCCAUUUUGGAUCUGUUUACCGCUGAGAACGCUGCCACCGUCACGUCGGAACAGGAGGUGGAGCUGUUUGAGAAGGACAUUGAGUAUUUAAAGACAGGACUGAACCAAGUGUCCGCGACAGACACGUCCCCCACCAGCCUUUACGAGUACUUCCACAUCUCUCCCAUUAAGCUCCAUCUGAGCUUCUCUCUGAGUUCUGGCGGUGAGGAUGGGAACAAGGAGAAGAGGGAGACUGAGGUGAUUCCUGUGCAGUCCCUUAACCUUCUGCUAAAGAGUAUCGGUGCAACGCUGACCGACGUCCAGGACGUCGUCUUCAAGCUGGCGUUCUUUGAGCUGACUUUCCAGUUCCGUACCACACAGCAGCUCCAAUGGGAAGUCAUCCGUCAUUACUCCAAACAGGCUAUCAAGCAAAUGUACGUACUGGUGCUGGGGUUAGACGUCCUUGGAAACCCCUUCGGUCUGAUCCGGGGUUUGUCAGAGGGAGUUGAGGCCUUCUUUUAUGAGCCAUAUCAGGGAGCGAUUCAGGGUCCGGAGGAGUUCAUGGAGGGUAUGGCUUUGGGUAUGAAGGCUCUGGUUGGAGGUGCAGUAGGGGGUUUAGCCGGAGCAGCGUCUCGUAUCACGGGUGCGAUGGCUAAAGGCGUGGCUGCCAUGACGAUGGAUGAGGAGUAUCAGCAGAAAAGGAGAGAGGCCAUGAACAAGCAGCCGAGCGGUUUGAAAGAGGGUCUGACCAGAGGAGGGAAAGGACUCGUCUCUGGUUUUGUGAGUGGUAUUACAGGCAUCGUUACUAAACCUAUCAAAGGUGCUCAGAAGGAGGGAGCAGCAGGUUUCUUUAAGGGUGUAGGCAAAGGUCUUGUAGGAGCCGUGGCCCGACCAACAGGGGGCAUCAUUGACAUGGCGAGCAGCACCUUCCAGGGCAUCAAGAGAGCGGCAGAAACAUCUCAGGAUGUGGAGAGUUUGCGACCGCCGCGAUUCAUUCACGAGGACGGCGUCAUCAGACCGUAUAAAGAGAGAGAGGGCAUCGGCAGCCAGAUGUUACAGAAAAUUGAAAAUGGACGGUUUGCGAAGUACAGAUACUUCGCUCAUGCCAAGGUGAACGAGUCAGAUUUCCUGAUGAUCACCAAAAGGGGCAUAUUUUUUGUUACCAAGGGCACGUUUGGGCAGUUGACGUGCGAGUGGCAGUAUCUGUUUGAUGAGUUCACCAAAGAUCCCACGAUUGUAGAAGACAGAAGACUGCGCAUUGAGGCAAAGGAAAGGGUGAAGUCUGUGUUUCAUGCCAAAGAGUUUGGGAAGAUUAUCAACUUCAAGACUCCAGAAAUAGCCAAGUGGGUUCUGACCAAGCUUCAGGAUGCCAGGGAAAGCCUUCAGAAAUAAGCAUUGUGUCUGGAAGCCUUAAGAAAAGCUGACACACUCUCUCUCUCUCUCUCUCUCUCUCUCUCUCUCUCUCUCUCUCUCUCACACACACACACAAACACACACA